AUGUACGCCGAUAGAAUCACAGACACUCUAGCCCCGGAGAUAGUCAAAUUACGCGCACGCAACGAUCCCAAUGGCGUCUUCGCCCAAAUCCCCGCCGGAACAACGUAUUCAGACGGCUUCAGAAGUAUAACGAACCUUCAGCUAUAUAAUGCCAUCAACUAUACCGCUGGGCUCAUCCGCCAGCGUUUCGGGGAAAGCAAAGAGUUUGAGACGCUGGCGUUCAUUGGGCCGUCAGAUCCUAGAUAUACGAUUAUGCUGAUGGCGGCGAUGAUCACGGGGUAUAAGGCCUUUCUUCCCUCACCCAGAAAUAGCGAGGAAGCACAUCUCACUCUACUGGAACGACUCCAAUGCCACAAAAUUGUAGUAACGGAGUCGCCUCUCCCAUGCGUUGGCAUGAUUUUGAAAGGCAGGAAAAUGCAGACAUUGACGUUGCCUGAGCUAGGGCAGUUGUUGGAUGUGGGGGAUGUCGAGGAGUAUCUAUAUACAAAGACGUUUGAAGAGGCAAAGAGGGAUCCGGUGCAUGUGUUGCAUACUUCGGGAACGACUGGUAUACCCAAACCACUCAUUUAUACGCCGGCCUGGGCGGCGAGCUUGAUGGUGCAGUGUCAGUUGGAGGCUCCAGAAGGGUUUGUAGAUUUGAGUUGUUAUACUACUCGAGGGAGGUUUGUGAGUAUUCUGCCUCCGUUUCACGGGGCGGGGGUUACCUUCACAUGCUUUGUGGCAUUGUUCUUUGGGACGGUGCCUGUGUUUAUGCUGCCUGGGCUACCGCCGACGACCGAAGAUAUGGUACAGGCUAUCAGUCAUGCGGAUGUCGAUUGGGCUUUUUUGCCACCAGCAUUUGUGGAUGAACUGGGGAAGCGGCCUGACCUACUGGACGUGGCAGCGAUUCGGUUGAAAUACAUCGCCUUCGGUGGAGGCGCUACACCCAAACGUUCCGGAGACGUGGUCGCCAAAAGAAUCCCUCUCUGGCAAAUCCUCGGUUCAUCGGAAGCUGGAAGUAUUCCUCUGAUGCAUGUACACGGCGACAACACCGAGGACUGGAACUACAUGCGCUUUAAUCCAGUGCACAAGUUCGAGAUGCGGCAUUGCUACGAUGACCUGCAUGAGUUGGUUAUUCCGCGCGACAAGUCUUCGAACAUUCAGGCAGUGUUUGAAAUGUUUCCAGACACAGAAGAGUUCCGCUCCAAGGAUUUAUUCAAGCCGCAUCCAACGAAAGAAGGGCUCUGGAUUUACCACAGUCGCGACGACGACAUCAUCGUCUUCCUCAACGGCGAAAAGACAAACCCGGUUACUUUCGAGGAAGAAGUGAUUAGCCAUCCUGAAGUCAAAGCCGCUCUGGUAAUUGGCGCCCAGCGCGAAGAAGCCGCACUGCUAGUCGAACUUGCAAGCACUACACCACUCUCCGACGAGGAAAAGACGGCAGCCGUAAACAGAAUCUGGUCUGUCGUUGAACAAGCAAACAAGUUCACUCCAGCACAUGCACGCAUCGCAAAGUCAAGGAUCCUACUCGUCGACCCGGAAACUCCAAUGGUGAGAACGGGCAAGGGAACGGUGCAGCGAAAGGCAACGUUGAAGUUGUAUGCGGCCAAGAUUGAUAAGCUCUACCAACAAGAAGAUGAAGUAAGCAGUGCGCUCAAAAACGGGACCAGACCUACUAAGAGCAUUAUCCGCGACGUAGUAGCAGAAAUGCUCGAUCUAGACAACCUCGACUUUUUCAAAAUGGGUAUGGAUUCCCUCGGAGCACUCAGAUUACGAAGGGCACUUCAACGUCAUUUUCCUACGGCGAAUAUUCCAAACAACAUCGCCUAUACUAAUUCUUCUGUCAACGCAAUCGCCACAGCAGUGGAGAAACUAAGUGCCCCAACGACGACGACGACCAACGGUGUCACACUAUACGAUCACCCCAAUCCAAACUCGGACCUCUCAGGAAUGCUCCAACAAUACAUUGCCCAAAUAAACACCGUCCCUCCACCCUCUCCUCCAUCCUUCCCCUCUCCCACCACACCAACAAUCCUCCUCACCGGCUCCACCGGCGCCCUAGGCUCCCACAUCCUAACCCACCUCCUCACGCACCCCUCAUCCCCUCACAUAAUCUGCGUAAACCGCACCUCCUCGGCCCCGACCCGCCAACUCGCCCUCCACAAAACACGUUCCCUGCCCACCACGUUCCCCCCAGAAAGAGUAACCUUCCUCACAGCCGACCUCUCCCUCCCCUCCUUCGGCCUACUAACCGAAACCUACGCCGACUUGCUCGACCGCGUCACCCACAUCAUCCACAACGCCUGGCCCGUGAACUUCAACCUCCCGUUAUCCUCUUUCGCUGCGUCGGUGGCUGGGGUUGUGGGCUUGGUUAGUUUCGCCGCAAGCAGUAAAUACGGUGCAAGAGUACAGUUUCUAUCUUCUAUUGGUUCUGUGGCGGGCGUCGUGACAGCGCGUGUCCCAGAGCAAAUCAUCACAGACUUGUCUGCACCUGCGAGGAUGGGGUAUGCGCAGUCGAAAUACGUGUCUGAGCGGCUUCUUGCUCAUGCAUGUGAGACGCUGGGGGUUAGUGCUAGUGUCGUGCGGCUGGGCCAGAUAGCAGGGGCGGCGGAGAGUAAGAAGGGCUGGAAUAGGUGGGAGUGGUUGCCGAGUUUGGUGGCUAGUUCGGGGUUUGUAGGGGCUCUGCCAAGGACCUUGGGUAAGGAUGAGGGCAGUAGGGCGGAUUGGGUGCCGGUGGAUCAUUUGGCGGACGUGGUUUGUGAGUUGGCUUUGUGGGAUGGGGAUGGGGAGGGUAAGGGGGAGGUAAGGGUAAACCACAUUGUCCAUCCCAUACCAACGCCAUGGGCGGACCUCUUACCUGUUAUCCAACGUACCCUCUCUUCUUCCUCCUCCCGAACGCAGGUAUCAAUCAUCCCCUACGCAGAAUGGGUCGCGCUACUCAAGCAGAAAACCGCAGAAUCAGAGAAAGAUACGGAACUCGAUCAUGAGGCGCUGGCAAUGAGGAAUCCAGCAAUGAAGUUACUGGAUUUCUACGAGGGGCUGUUGGGAGAAAUUGGGGCACGUACGUUGGGGGUGGAGUUGGAUAUGCAGGGGACAUUGGGGGAGAGUGAGACCUUGAGGACUUUGGAGCCGUUGAAGGGGGAGUGGGUUGAGGGGUGGGUUCAGGAGUGGAUGAGUGAGACGGUGGGGUGA